AAGCCUGCUCGUGCAUAAGGAAGAGUGUAAGAAUUUUAUGUCUCUUCCCUCUCGAUUCCCUAUCCACUCUCCAGUCUCCAUUGUUGCAUUUUCUACAAUCUCUGUGGACUGCAUUCACUCACCGGCCGCCGUAUUUCGCUGUCAAUCAUCGACCAACCACCACUCGGCCCUCCGAUUUAGAAGCCUCUUCCGCCGCGGCUGCUCAACCUCCGGCGUUGUCGUCACCAGCCUCAAUUAGGUACUGAAGCCGAUUGUCCCAACUCGCACACCAACGGGUACAAAAGGCACAAUUCGGCAAAACUAAACGAAAAUAAUUCCUCAGAAUUUCAAUUAAGAGAUGGAUAAAUAUACGCAGAGUAAUAAAGCAGAAACAGAGGCGGCCAGAACCAGCACCGCCGCGCCGGAGUACAACAGCAGCAGCAGAAAAAAAGCUAGAUUAGAAUCAACUUUGACGGCGCUUCUCGGCGAUCCGAUUCUUUCCGACGUGCCCAAGAAGCCUUCUUUUUCCGAUGUGGACACUCUCAUCAGCUUAGAGCUGGGCAGCGCCAUGCGCAUUACAGUCCUCAAAUUGGACGCCACAUCCUUUGAGGUCGUGGUGAUGAAUUCUGCAACGGUGAAGGACUUGAAAUUGGCGAUUAAUAAGAAGGUGAACGAUGCGGAGGAGUCGAGCAUGGGUCAUCGCCAUAUUUCUUGGAAGCAUGUGUGGGCAAACUUCUGCCUUUCAUGCCACAAUGAGAAGCUACUAGAUGAUAAUGCUUCACUUCACGAUUACGGACUGAGGAACAAUUCUCAAGUACAGUUUGUUCCAUAUGUUGUCUCAAGAGCUUCCCGGAAGCACACUAAGAGCAGAAAACAUCGUUUCUUUCAUGGUCUAAACAGGAAAUCCUGAUCAAGAAAUUCUGCCAAUUAAUAUUAACUAUUAACAGGUGCCCAUGUGUUAAAGCUUUUCCGCCUUUAAAUGAUCAAUUCCUACAUACAUCGUUUUGUUCCUUUUGAGAAUGUUGCCUUUUGUGUCUCAUUGUCAUCAUUUUAUACGAUAAAUUUUCCAGGUUACAACAUAUUGUAACAACACGAGAGUAUAGCAUAUGAUAAAGAGUUGUUAACUGGGUUUUCAUUAUAUGCGUAUUCUAAACUAGGUAUUAUUUUGUCAAAAACUUCAUCUUACAGUUUACGAAUCAAGAUUUGAAAUUCAAGGGCAUGUUC